UUUGGUUUGGAUCGCUAACCACGACCCGCCCACCAGCGCCGGCACCACAGGUGUCCAACCCGCGGGACCCGACUUGAGGAGGGCAGUUGGGGCUCCGGGACUCGUCGUCGCCUGACGCAGCACAGGGUCCGCUGCGGGUUGCGUCGAGAAACGCUAGACGCGAACGUUCUGCCAUUUCGAGGCCACGGCCCGAGCUGAGGGGGCCGCAGCCGACGACUGUUGGGCACGACUGUUGGGCGGUGGGCCGGCCCCCGAGAGCUGCGGGGAGCAGUGGUGGGGAGAGGGGAGAACUGAGGUACCUGUUGUGGUGUGCACCUUCCCUGCCGGGCCGGGCAGAGCACGCAGACAUCUUGCUGACGGAGUGGGAGGGGAGGGAUGGGUCUACCACGGGCGCAGGCCCUAAUGACAGCUUCCCCCUCAGCUGACAGUCCUUGUGUGUGUCUGUGUUGAGGGGAGUCCUUGAGGACACGCAAAGGCAGUCUGGAAAGCCCUCCCUUCUGUAAGCCGCGCUUCCUGUGUGGGUUUCGGUAGUAAGGAAUUUGCAACCCUCCGGCUCGGCGGCCCUCGGGCAGAAAAGCGCUGCGGUGCGACCCCUAGAGGCCUGGCUGAUAACUGCCACACCGGCUCCCACGGGCUGUGUCGUAGGACGUGGGAAGCCUGGAAUUUCAGGGCGACACGGGUCAGUCCAGGGAGAAGCUCCCCUGCUUAAAAGAGGCUGGUUCGAAAGACAUCAUCAGAACCUAUGGUGAAGGCCUUUUGUUAGGCAGCGUGUGGGUGGCCCUAAAGUCAGAAUGUGUCCCACACCUGUUAAUAGUGGCCAAGGAUUGUUAAUUAAGAGAAAGUAAGACUGAAUUCUCAUUAAUAAGCGAAUCUUCUAGUCUUUCUAGGGCUUCUGUUAUUUGUGAGCACAAUGAAAAAUUUAGACGGUGGUGAUAGGCUAACUGACAAGCAUCGCAAGUCCAAGACCUCGAAAGAAUGGUUGGAACCACAGCCGCUUCAUUUUAUGGAGGUAUUAGCUAAAGAAGAUAUCGAUGCUGCUAUUCAAUCAAUAUUAUAUAGAGAAAAUUAUGUAAUUAAGGAACUAGAUAAGUAUUUACAACAUCAUGACUUCUUAAAUGCAAGAAGAAAAGAGAGGUUAUAUAAAAGAUGGACUGACCAAGUGGCAGAUCCUCUCCAAAAGAAAAUUAUAGAAAAAGUUUGUUCACAUAAGAAGAUUAAAAAAAGGAGACAAGAGGAAUUAGAUCAUUUCUUAAAACAUGUAAAUAAAAAGGGAAAUGUAUUUAUGGAGCAUUAUGAUCCAAAAGAGUAUGAUCCUUUUUAUAUGAGCAAAGAGGACCCGAAUUUUCUGAAGGUUGUUAUUCCACCAUUUCGUGAUCCUUUGAAAAAGGCACAAUAUGACAAAGAUGACGGAAAAAGAACUCUUCUUCAGUGUGAGACUGGCAAAAUAUAUACAGUGAAAGAACUUAAAGAGGUUGAGAAGGCCAAACAGCAUUCCAGAUUUCCAGGAAUUUCUAAUUCAAGGCACUUUAUGACUCCAAAUAAGUGGCUUAUGCUGCCUACAACCUACAUAGAAAGUGAAUUUUGUAAAAGGAGCAGGUUAAAAGUGAAAGUGAAUUUUAACGAUGGCAAUUUUGAUUUGAAACCUGUGGCAAGAGCUCCUCAUCCUCUGGAAUCUCAGAAAGAAGGAGACGCAGUCAUUUACAAGAAACGACAGCUGUGGGCGAGGAUGCAGACAAAGGUGAACCCUCUGGAACUGUUGGUGGGAAUGCAGACUGGUUCAGCCACUCUGGAGAACAGUAUGAAGGUUUAUCAAGAAACUAAAGAUAGAACAUCACCCAUGAUCCAGCAAUUGCACUAUUAUGUUUUAGCUAGAGAAGACAUGGAUGAAGCCUUACAUGCAAUAUUAUUUAGAGAAAAUUACACUGCCAAGAGAUUGGAUAUAUAUUUUCAGCAUCUGGAAAUUUUUAAGGAAAGAAAAGAGAUGUUACGUAAAAAAUGGAUUGAAAAUGUUGCAGAGCCUCCUCAGCAGAGAACAGCAGGAAAAGUAAUUUCAUACGGAAGGUUGGAGAAAAUGAAACAAGAAUCUUGAAUGUCUUUUAAAGCACACAAAUAAAAGGGUACUUUUCUUUUUUCUUAAUAAAGUAUACUUUAAAGAGUUGGGCCAA